CGUAAACAUGGGCUUCACUAACCUAGUCCCUAAAAUUUGCACGAACUCGUACUACCAUCUUGUAUUCCAUUCACCAAAGGAACAUGACGCCGAUGAUUGGGCGGGUAAUCGUCAGAUAUUUAAACGUAACGAAUUAAUAUUCAUUAACACCUUUACAUAGAUGCUUUCUUUCGAUUUGGUGUGCUUUUUGCACUUGGCAGGGUUUCUCUUUGACUUCUAUCGCUUAAUUAUAUUCCAUGUGAUUCUUUCCAAUAAUUUUAAUUUCGUCGACUGUUCCUAAUCGUGUCUGCAAUGAUCGCGCAUGGUUGAAAUUGCCGAUUUCAUAGCACUUACGACGAGCAAUAAUAUUCAUUUUGUUAAAUGUAAUUUCGUGUGAUUUGACAGACUACUUUAAUUCAUCUAAUCACCUAUUGUGAAACGCGUCUCGAUUACCGUUACCGUUAGAAAAUAACAAUGAAUAGUCCGAGCAUAUCAGAGAAAUAUAUGAAAGAAGAAACAUCGGCGUCGCGUAUAAAAGGAAGUUUGGAAGACUCCUUGUGUAUGCUGUCCGAAGAAUUGGAUGCCUUAGGUAUUGAACCAGUAACACUCAAUAUCAGCAAUGAGCCUCCUUCUCUUCAGACACUACUUGAUGUCUCCCUGAAAUUGGUUGAUGCAUCCUGGAAGCUGAUCCACAAGCACAGGUCACAGAUGAAAAGAUACGAUCAGCUCGAAGAUGUGUGUUCCAAGAUCUCAAAUGAUAAUUACAAUCUUAAGAAUCGUGUCAAGGCAUCGAAAGAAGCUCUGGAAAGGCAGGAGCGAACCUUGAGUCAAACUCUGGAGAGAGAGAGAUGUGCGAAGGAAGAAAUCCAGAAGUUAAAACGUCAGCAUAAAAGUCUAUUGGAAGAGACGAUUAAAUUGGGGAAACUGUUGCGAUCGAAGCAGAAUCAAUACGAACACCAAUUGCGAUGCAUGACGCGAAGUCGGGACAAAUAUCUAGAUCAGCUGGAGAAGUUGAUGGGUAACCGUCGACCGAAAGGCGAAAGAAUGGCACGACCAGAUCUUGACGAAGAACAGUCGAGUAGUUACGAAGAAAUUAUACUUCGAUUGGUAGAAAAUAACAGAGCCAUGCUACAAAAGAUUAAUGAACAAAGGGAAGAAUUGAUGCUUUGUUCAUCAAAAGCGGACGCAGGUGUCGAGUAG